CUUCAUGUUUCUCCGAAAUGGCCAUAGUCGGAAACAGAGGCCAGAGGCAGCGGGCGCGGGUCAGUUUUCUUUCUGUUUUAUUACCUUAGACUCCAGGAGGAUGGGCUGAGUCUGGUGACAUAAUGGAGUCUUUGCCUGGAGAAACCCCUCCGAGGCUCCUGUGUAAUCCUUUAAUUGGUUGCAUGAAUGCAGGGCCAAAGGAUAGGUUUGGGGGGACUGGGGAGCAAGGUGGAAGGCCAGGUAGCCCCAGCCCCAGCUCUGCCCGGAGGGAGUGUGGGGUGAGGUCAGAGGGUGCCCAGUGAGGGGGACUCACUGGUCAGGGACUGCCAUGUGGGAAAAAGCCAGUUGGGACGAAGGAGUGCAGGGUCCUUUGGAGACCAUCUGGGUGAGGUGAGGGUGCCAUCCGCGGCUUCCAAGCCCACCCCUCAGCUGCAGCAGCUGGGGGGGCUGUGGGUGGCAGUCUUGCCAUACCUGCGAGAGGGGCUUUGGCCAGAAACGCUCCAGCCUAGGCACUCACAGAAAGCUUGGCAGUUACUCAUUGCCUGAUUCGAUUCAGGCCAGCCAGCUUGUUGUAACUUUUGGGUGACCCUGACGAAGACAAAGCCAGGACUCGGCCUUUGUAUGGCAGAGUCCCCGUUCCCGCGGGCGGGAGUCCUGCCUGCCUGGGGUACUCUGCCUAAGUCCAGGGCUGCCUCACCCACCGGCCUGGUGGUAUUCUGCAGCCUGACAAAUUUGGGCUUUCAUCCCCCUCCUUGAACUGUACCCAUUUUGGGGGGCUGUUUUCAGGCGGGUGGGGGCAGUGGAGAGGGCACUCCAGGUUAACAAAGUCAGUGGCAGACAAAAGCUGGGAUUACCUGCCAGGAACGAGGGUGCUGGGGACUCUAGAACUACAGUAACAUCUGGUGGGGGCCUUCGAAUGUGCCAUGGCGAGUCACUUGAGUACACGUAUGUUAUUUAGUUAAAUUUGUGAAAAUUAUGAGAUGCUCACCAACCCGGUGAUAAACUCGCUGCCUCGCUAUUGGCUGGCCUGGUCACAUGGCCGCCAACUUUAUUCAGUUGACAGCAAGUAGGAGGGCCCUAUGGAAGGAGAAAAAAAGACAACACGAGAAAAAUUAGUAUUUUCUACCUUCUGAAAUUAAUGGCCAUGAGUUCGUAUAUGGUGAACUCCAAGUAUGUGGACCCCAAGUUCCCUCCGUGCGAGGAGUAUUUGCAAGGCGGCUACCUAGGCGAGCAGGGCGCCGACUACUACGGUGCUGGCGUGCAGGGUGCAGACUUCCAGUCCCCGGGGCUCUACCCACGGCCCGACUUCGGUGAGCAGACCUUCGGCGGAGGCGGUCCUGGGCCCGGCUCUGCGCUGCCCCCACGGGGUCACGGGCAAGAAGCGAGUGGCCCCGGCGGCCACUACGGAACCCCAGGAGAGCCGUGCCCCGCUCCCCCGGCGCCCCCGCCCGCGCCCCUGCCCAGCGCCCGGGCCUGCAGCCAGCCAGGCGGCCCCAAGCAGCCGCCCCCCGGGACGGCCCUCAAGCAGCCCGCCGUGGUCUAUCCGUGGAUGAAGAAGGUGCACGUGAAUUCGGUGAACCCCAACUACACUGGCGGGGAGCCCAAGCGGUCCCGGACGGCCUACACCAGGCAGCAAGUCCUAGAACUGGAAAAGGAAUUUCAUUUUAACAGGUAUCUGACGCGGCGCCGUCGGAUUGAAAUUGCUCACACCCUGUGUCUGUCCGAGCGCCAGAUCAAGAUCUGGUUCCAGAACCGGAGGAUGAAGUGGAAAAAAGACCACAAGCUGCCCAACACCAAAGGCAGGUCCUCGUCCUCCUCCUCCUCUUCUUCCUCCUCCUGCUCCUCCUCAGCUGCUCCCGGCCAGCAUUUGCAGCCGCUGGCCAAGGACCACCACACGGAUCUGACGACCUUAUAGAAGUGGGGAACCUGGGCCCAUUCCUCCCUGCGCUCCCGGCUGAGCCGAAGCUGCGGGGGCAGGCCAGGCUUGCUGUCACCUCCCUGGGCUCUAAGGUACUGUGGGGUGGACCUGGGACUCGCAGGCCGCCCUCGGACUAGGUUAGCAUCCUGCCCGAGGGCAGCCCCCUCCCUGGAGCGGAAUCGGGGUGGGAGGGGGGCGGGAUUCUCUCUCUAAGUACAUUAUCAUAUGGCAGGAGCUACUGAGAACAUAAACCUUGGCGAGUUAUUAAACUUAUGAAAAUCUC